AUGAAGGAGGAGAACUUUCUUCGUCGCAGGUUCUCGCUUUGUCCGGCCUCGUCCACCCCUCAGAAGGUUGAUCCUCGCAAGCUGACACGCAAUCUGUUCUUUGGGGCCGACAAUGACAUCUACCCACUCAGCCCAGGAAAAGACGUGGAAGGAAACAGCCCAACGGCACUGAAGGAUGAGACACCACAGACUCCAAACUCCAUUAGUAAGGUACUACCUAUUGAAUAUAAGCUUUGCAAUGGGUCUGACAAAGAGUGUGUGUCUCCCACAGCCAAAUUCAUGAAGAAGGAAACACUGAAGGUACAAAAAAAAAAUUACAGACAGGAGAAGAAAAGGGCUACUAAACAACUCUUCAGUGCUCUGAAGGAUCCCAGUGUAGUGAUCACAGCAGACUGGCUGAAGAUUCGUGGGACUUUGAAGAGUUGGACCAAGCUGUGGUGUGUUCUGAAACCAGGAGUGCUGCUGAUUUAUAAGACGCCAAAGAUCGGACAGUGGGUUGGGACAAUCUUGCUCCAUUCUUGUGAGCUGAUCGAGAGACCCUCCAAAAAGGAUGGUUUCUGUUUUAAACUUUUUCAUCCUUUGGAUCAAUCAAUCUGGGCUGUAAAGGGCCCAAAGGGAGAAAAUGUUGGUUCGAUCACUCAGCCUCUUCCCAGCAGCUACUUGAUUUUCAGAGCAGCCUCCGAAUCAGAUGGCCGAUGCUGGCUGGAUGCUUUGGAACUUGCCCUGCGUUGCUCCAGCCUCUUCCGGCUCAGUGCCUCCAAGCAGGGAAAGGAUGGAGAAAUGAACUGCUCGAGCGAUUCUGCGCAUGCGGGGCUCAACCACCUCUUGCACACGAGCACUAUCUCAGACCAGGAGUUCUUCCAUUUGAAUGAAUCAGCCCUGGAGAACCACCACCAUUUGGAAAAUGAUGCUUUUUCGGACAAGUCCGAGAGAGACAACGUAGAAGAGUCGGAGAAUGAAGCGCAUGAAAACAGCCGGAAGACGAAUGAAAGCGAGAGCGAUCAGUCAGAAAUCCAUGGAGAGGUCUCUCCGGGAAGGAAAGGGACGACUUAUAUUGAACAGAUCUAUGAGGAAUUUGGGGAGACAGGUGAAUCAUCUCAAACAGAAACUGUCUCUGAGGACCUGUCACUGCUGGUGCUGCCCACCUUCAUCCUGGAGCCACGCUCAUUCCUUAACAAACUCUCUGAUUACUACUACCAUGCUGACCUGCUUUCCCAGGCUGUCCUUGAAGAUGAUCCAUACAGUCGAAUGAAGCAAGUUUUGAGGUGGUAUCUGUCUGGCUUCUAUAAGAAGCCAAAGGGAAUAAAAAAGCCAUACAACCCUAUUCUGGGAGAGACGUUUCGCUGCUGUUGGUUUCACCCUCAGACGAACAGUCACACGUUUUACAUAGCAGAACAGGUCUCCCAUCAUCCGCCAGUGUCAGCUUUUCAUGUCAGCAAUAGGAAGGAUGGAUUCUGCAUUACUGGCAGCAUUCUAGCUAGGUCCAAGUUUUAUGGUAACUCACUUUCUGCACUGUUGGAUGGGAAAGCAAAGCUUAUGUUUCUAAACAGGGGGGAAGAUUAUAUAAUUACUAUGCCAUACGCCCACUGUAAAGGACUUUUAUACGGUACCAUGACAAUGGAGCUUGGAGGGAAAGUUACCAUCGACUGUGAGAAAACUAACCACAGGGCAGAACUGGAAUUCAAGCUAAAGCCCUUCUUCGGUGGCAGCGCAAGCAUUAAUCAAAUCUCUGGGAAGAUUAAAUCAGGAGAAGAAGUGUUAGCAAGUCUCAAUGGACACUGGGAUGGGGAAGUGCAUAUAAAUGAGUUGAAAAACGGGAAUGCAGAAAUGUUCUGGAACCCGACCAGUGAAGUACGAAGACAGAGACUGAAGCGCCAUAUCGUGCUCUUUGAGGAGCAGACAGACUUUGAGUCAGAGAGGCUUUGGCAGCACGUUACCAGUGCAAUAAACAAGGGCGAUCAACACAAGGCAACACAGGAAAAAUUUGUGCUGGAAGAGGAGCAGAGGAAUGCCGCCCGGGAGCGGAGAGAGAAUGGCACAGAAUGGAAACCACUGCUCUUCCGGCAUGAUGCCACGACUAACGAAUGGCGCUACAAAUACGAGGAUUUAAGACCUUGGGAUCCUUUGAACGACAUUGCCCAAUUUGAGAAGAAUGGGAUACUUCAGACCAUGGAAAGACACUUAUCCACAAGGAUGUCAAACCACAAAACAACAUGCAUAAACAAUCAAAUUACAAGGCACAAGAGGUCUGCCAAAGACUGCAGGCGCCGCAAAACCAGUGAUCAGCCAUCCAACCACAGCCAGAAUACAGAGAGCAGCUGUUCAACGCCAGAGUCGGUGCAGGAGCUCUCAGAUGACGACUUUGCUGCAGGGUUUGGAAGCCUGUGCGUUCAGUGCGGGAAAGAAAUGAAUCACCUGAAGGAAAUUCAUUCAGCUGUCUUAUCCCUACAGAGAGCCCAACAGGACAUACACAGAAACCUCAGUGCUCUGAACAAAAAGUCCUUCCACAGGAAGGUCUCUUCUGAAAGCUUCCUCCUGGACUCUCGCUGUUGGUUUCUCCUCUGCAUCUUUCUUACGUGUCAACUAUUCAUUAAUUAUGUCUUCAAAUAAAACCACUACGUUUGGCAGCAAUAAUGAUUACUGGCUGCAGGAGAGGGGCCACUCACGCAAGGAGCCCAGCGAGGCACCAAAGCACUUUAGAACCAACGCAGCAGAGGUGUGGAAGAAAGUUGAAAAACGAGGUUAAAAAAGGACCUGAGAACCUGCAAAACUUUGUUCCUGCAGAUUAUGUCAUUUUUGCCUUUUACAUGUACAUCUUCAAGGACCUCUUAACCUGUACGGGCCUUAAUGCUGAAGCCAAAUGUAGCUUUAAUUGUGCAAUUUGUUUUCUAUGUCUUGUCAUAUUCUGAUGCAAUUAAUAAUUACCCAGCAGUAUUGGUACCCCUAAAAUGGUAAACCCCCCUGUGUUUUGGAAAAGUCAUGCUGGGCUGGGUCACAGCUCUACGAAUGAGGUAGUGCAGCUGGGAGGCUGUAAAGAACUGAUGUCCACGGACCCUGUCCGGCUGCCUUUAAUUAUGGGAGGGAGCACACUUGGUCCAAAAAAUCCACCCCCAGGAUAUUAAGUCAUGAUCUGUUUUGUCAGCACACACAGAAUGGGACCUCAGGAUGUGUUUUAUUUUCCAUUUGACAGGAACUGUAAAUAUGCACAAUUUCCGAGAGCUUUCUCCUUUAGGAAAUGGGAAGUAUUCAGCGAAAGCUCCUCGUUUGGUUACAGAGCUGACUGGUGUCCUGGGCCGGGCCCAUCGAGUGUAAUGUCAAACAUGCCUAUUCGUAAAACCUGGUCACUUACUAUUAUUGUUAUUAUUUGCUAUAUGGCUGUUUUAUAUCACACACUAGCAUUGUAGAGAGGAAUCCACUGCCCCAGGAUAGGUGAGAAGGACAGGAGAGAUAUAGGUGUACAUGUGUUCGGUUGUAGGCACAUUUAUUGUCAAAGGUCAGGAAGGAGGAAGGGUUUUGCCACUGCAUUGUUCGACUCUGUUAAUAGUCUUCCUAUUUUACACCAUUUUUUAAAGAUUUGCAAUAUUUUCUGUAGACUGCGGACAAUACUAAGCCUUUCUUUUCUGGCCUGAAGUAGUUCCAAGUGGUAAGUACUGCUAUAUAUACAGCCUUAAAAUACUUAGUGGUGGUGCCAGUCUGGGCUAUCUUUCAAUGUAAAUGUUUCCAAAUUUUUAAGUACAUUCCUCGUCAUAUUCCCCAGUUUGGGGAAACUUGUUUGUGCUUGAUAUGUUGAAAUAAAACAACACACAA